AUGUCCCUUGACACGAUGCGCGCUAUCGUGAUGCACGAGAUAGGUGGACCUGGAGUAUUGAAGCUACAGACGCUCCCCAAACCAACUCCCACAGCGGGACAAGUGCGCAUACGCGUCAAGUCUUUUGGGCUCAACCGAUCGGAGGUAUUUACGCGUCAGGGUCAUUCACCUGGUGUGACAUUCCCCCGUGUUCUGGGUAUCGAGGCAGCUGGACUUGUCGACUGUGCAGCCCCGGACUCGGGCUUCGAAGCUGGCGAGGCCGUUGUCACUGCAAUGGGCGGCAUGGGCCGCGCCUUCGAUGGCGGAUAUGCCGAAUACACAGUAGUGCCAGCUACACAAGUGCGACGCGUCAAUGUCACCACUGCCUUUGGCCCUGAUCGGCCCGUGCCUUGGGACGUCUUGGGUGCUCUUCCUGAACUUAUGCAGACGGCUUGGGGAUCCUUGUUCACCAGUCUUGAGCUUGUUCCCAGCGACCGCUUGCUUAUCCGAGGCGGAACUACCAGCGUGGGAUUGGCUGCCGCGGCGCUUGCUCGAUCACAUGGAGUCUCUGUCACUGCGACAACGCGGAACCCAGCACGUGUAGAGUUCUUACGUGGCCUCGGUAUCGACGACGUCAUUAUCGAUGGUGGAUCAAUCUUGGCCGAGGUCCAGAAACGCGCCCCGUUCAGCAAAAUCCUUGAACUGGUUGGGGUAAGCACGUUAAACGACUCUCUGCGAUGUGUGGCCCCAGGUGGUACUGUCUGCAUGACGGGUAUCGCUGGCAAUAAAUGGACCUUUGACCAAUUCAGUCCCAUGGAAUCGAUACCGACGUCCGUUAAACUGACCACCUAUGCGAGCACCACAGAGGCUGUACUGAAAACACCAAUUGAGGAGAUUGCUCGAGAUCUGGCGGCGGGCAAGAUACGGUUGCCGAUCAAGACUUUUCCGUUGGAGGAAAUUGUGGAGGCUCAUCGGUUGAUGGAAGAAGAGGGGGCAUUGGCUAAGAUUGUGAUGAUUGUUUAA